GCGCCGGCGCUGCCCCGGCGAGGCGGGGCCGGGCGGCAGCGGCCCGAGCGCGGCUCCGCUCGGCUCCCGUGCGGCUGCCGCGGGGCCGGGGCCGGCAGCGAUGCUGGCCGCGCCGGGGCCGCGGCUGCUGGCCUUGGCCUUGGCCUUGUGGCCGGCAGGGCUCUGGGCACAGCCGAGGCUGCAGGAGGCCGGCGGAGGGCUGCGAGCGCCUGGGGACUCCGUCACCCUCUCCUGCCGCGGCUCUGGCCUCAUCUUCGAGAAUCAUUAUGUUCGGUGGUACCGUCAGGCACCCAGAGGCAGUUUUGAAUGGGUGUCCUGGAUAAGCCAUUACUCAUCACAGAUUCAGUUUGGGUCAGCAGUGGAAGGUCGAGCCACAGCCUCCAGGGACAAUUCCCACUCUGUGGCAUCUCUCAGCCUGCAUCUCCUCCGUGCCGAGGAUACCGCCUGCUACUUCUGUGCUGUUCGCACGUUUUGGAAUGUGAGGACAGAUAAGCUCAUAUUUGGACCAGGGACGACUCUCACAGUUGUACCAAAUAUUUCAAAAUCUUCUGACCCUCAAGUCGUUGUGAUGAAAUCAAAGAAACUGGAAGAAGGCAACAGCACUGGGAAAGCAGCUUGUUUGGCAAGGAACUCCCCUACAAAGAACAUCAGCUUGGAGAUGCCCUCUCAGGAGAUCGUCUAUGAACAGGGCACAUCCAUUUUGACAUCAGAGGGGUUGUACAAUGCAAUUAAAGUGGUCAGGCUGACAAAAGACACGGAGGUGACCUGCAUGGCCAAAUUCGACAACCGCGCCAUAACAGCACAGCCAGAGGAGGAGGCUGAAGAACCAGUAACAGGGGCCAGUGACAGGAUUUGCAGCAGCACAGCCCCCUCAACACAAGACCCUGAAAGGCAGAGAGUGAACAUGCUGUCCAUGGCUGUGCUGGGUUUGAGAGUCCUGCUGGCAAAAGGCAUCGCCUUCAAUAUCCUCAUGAGUAUCAAAUUGUUUCUUUUCUGAGAUAUGGGGAAUGAAGCCGAAGAAGAGCAGGAAAGAAUGUGAACCAGCAGAACAAGGGGGUGGAACAAGCAGGGGCAGAGCUGCUGCCAGACACCACCCAGGACACAAGGCAGCACCUUCCCCUGAAGACAGUGAACACUGUUCACUCCUGCCUGGCCAGCUGAUCUACACUGAAGAGUUUCAAGUGCUUUUGCUCUUUCCUCUCCUCUGACAACUGAGGAGAGUGGAUUUCUCCUCAUCCUCCUGCUAAGCAGAUCUCCCCACUCUUCUGGCAUUUGCACACAAGUGUCCAACCCGCUUCAACAGCUUUGGAAACUCCAGGGCUCACUCUAGAUAGAUGGCCUUUUAAAAGCACCUUUCCCAGGGAUGCUGUGUUUCUGCCUGUGGAACUGGAGAAGCACUGCUCGGGCAAUUCAAGCCCAGUAGCUGCCAUUUGUAGCUUUGCAUUUAGAUAGAUUUAAUAACAAAAAAUGUGAAUUGCAAUUAAGAAGAGCUCUGUAGAAUCUGGAGUGAUUUCAUUCAACCAGAUAUUGUUCAUUUCUUGAUUAAGCCUUUAUUUCUUCUGCCAAAUGUAUUGCAUGUGAAUUUUAGGUUCUUGUAGUAGUGACAAAAAUAAAGAUGUACUAGGACAAA